AUGGCGGAAGCAGCUCCUCCCAACCUGAACCUCACCCAGGAGGAAAAGAAAGUAUUCUUCCAAUUGUUCCAAGCGGCCGAUACGACGAACCUCGGUGUCGUGACCGGCGAACAUGCAGUUCCUUUCUUUGAGAAGACGAAGCUUCCUCCUGAUACUCUGGGUCUGAUAUGGCAAAUAGCAGACAAGGAGAACCGCGGACUUCUCACGCCCUCGGGUUUCUCGAUGGUGUUACGACUUAUUGGACACGCGCAAGCUGGACGUGCGCCAACGGACGAACUCGCUCUGCAACCCGGCCCUUUGCCUCGAUUUGAAGGUAUUCAGCUUGCUACCAGUACGCCUUCUCGCCCGUCGACGACAAGUCCACCUCCUGGUGUUACCCCUCCCGCCCCAGGGGCUCCGGUCAGAGUUCCGCCUCUGAACCCGGAAGAUGCGAAUAAAUUCAAUUCUCUGUUUGAGAAGUCAGAUACACCGGGUGGAUUCAUGUCAGGGGAAACGGCAAAGCAGAUCUUUGAGCGUGCACGACUAUCGAACGAAGUCCUAGGCAGGAUAUGGAAUCUUUCCGAUACGAAGCAACGUGGCCAACUUGACGCUACCGAUUUCAUAAUUGCAAUGCAUCUAUUGACUUCCUUCAAGACCGGUGCAAUGCGCGUUAUCCCAACGACCCUCCCUGCUGGCCUGUAUGAGGCAGCGUCACGACGAGGUAUUGUCCGCACUUCGACUGGCUCUCGCGUGACCCCCGAUGUUCCACCAGUCCCAGCAAUCCCUACGCAUUUCACUGGCCAACGGACGCAGAGCCCGCUGAGCAGGCAGCCAUUCACACCCCUUUCGACACAGUCUACCGGUGCCGAGUGGUUGAUCAGCCCGCCAGAGAAAGCGCAGUUUGACACUAUAUUUGCAACUGUUGAUACGGCAAAGGCUGGGAUCAUAAGUGGUGACCAGGCAGUUGCAUUCUUUACUAAUGCUCAACUACCUGAAGAUGUCCUUGCUCAAAUUUGGGAUCUUGCGGAUAUUGAUGCCGACGGACAGCUCACAAAGGAUGAGUUCGCGGUAGCUAUGUAUCUCGUACGACAGCAACGCAGUAAGAAAGAGCCAGUACCUGCAACGCUACCUCCUGCUCUUAUCCCUCCCAGUAUGCGCCGAGCAGACGCAAGACCCGCUGUAGCUGCUCCUCCACCAGCACCUGUGCCAGCACCAGCACCAGCGCCACUUCCGCGAUCAGCGGCUGAUGACUUGUUUGGCCUUGAUGCUUUCAGUGCGCCAACUCCUGCAACUCCUGCUCAAAUCCCGCAGUCUACUGGAGGCUCCAAUGCGCCAGUGUUCCAGUCUCCUGGAUCACCCUCCUCGCGAACCUCCCAGUCAGGUCCUUCUUCUCUCUUCAAGCCAUUCGUUCCUUCGUCUCAGUUCGGUCAAAGUCUCGGCCCACAAUUGACGGGUGCUGCCUCUACGGCGAGGUCCCCCCCUCCUCCUUCUGACGAUCUCUUGGGUGAUAAUGAGCCAGAGGAGGCGAAGAAACUCGGCAAUGAAACAAUGGAACUUGCCAAUCUGUCAAACCAAAUCGGAACGCUAUCCAAAGAAAUGCAGAAUGUGCAGACGAAGCGUGCCACGGCUGAGCAAGAGUUCACGCAGUCUUCACAGCAGAAGCGUGACUUUGAAGCACGUUUAGCUCAAGCCAGAUCAAUGUAUGAGAAGGAAGUAAAAGACUUCAAAGCUCUGGAGGACCGAUUGAACGCUUCUCGAGCUGAAACUAAGAGGCUUCAACAGGAUUACGCUUUGAUUGAAGGCAGCCGUCAGGAUCUGCAAAAUCAAUACGAGCAGAUUUCUGCUGCGCUCGUUGCUGACCAAACCGAGAAUGCUUCCUUGAAAGAAAAGAUACGCCAGGCCAAUGUUGCAGUCGGUCAGCUAAAGCCGGCUCUAGAAAAGGCCCGCUCUGAUGCCCGACAGCAGAAAGGUCUAGUUGCUAUCAACAAAAAGCAAUUGGCUACGGUUGAAGGCGAAAGAGACAAGAUUCAGGGGGAGAUUGAUACGCUAGCCAAAGAAGCUCAAGAAGCUAAGCAAGCUCAAGAACCUCAAGAGUUUGCAGAGACUACUCGCCAGAUCUCUAGCCCGACCGGCGUGGCCAGCCCCGCGUUGUCUACUGCCAGCCAACAAACAAAUCCCUUUUUCAGACGGACAACCACAGAAACAUCUGACAGGACCGUUUCUCCGGCUCCCCCUUCCACUCAGGCAACUUUUGAUAGUCUUUUUGGUCCUUCUUUCACACAGCCAUCGACAUCUACUCCUCCACCACCAACCUCAUUUGGUGCAGCGUCGCCUUUUGCACCACGAACACAAGAGACUUCAGCAAGUUCCAACAACUCUGCAAUCCCAACCCCGUCUGUCUCUCCUCCACCUCAGGCUACAAUUGAGCCACCCGCACCUUCUCAAUCGCGACAGAUAACUCCUAGCUUUCUUCCACUAGACCAUAACUUAGACUCACCCUCCAACAAUACUUCAACAGCUGUAUCCCCACCAGCUAGUCGCUUUGGUGCACCGGAUGAGUUUGGCACGCCUUCAAGAACCGAUUCAGCCGUGCCAUCAGUAGGAGCUAGCAACAAUCACUUUGCAGAGACAGAGACUACGACCGCGCGAUCUCCAUUCGACGAGUUUGAGCCACGUGUAGCUUCGCCUGCUGCGUCACAGGGAAGCGCAUUUCCACCUGUCUCUUCAGUACCAGGGGCUUUUCCAGAAGUACCAGUUGAAAGCCAACAGCCAGCUGAGGCUGCGCCAGAGCAGACAAAGGAGCAGAGUUUUGAUGAACUUUUUGGGAACUUUGGUCGUGAACGCUCCAAGUCACAAAAAGCCAACGACUUUGAUGAAGCUUUUGCUGGUAUGAAACCACGAAGCACGCAUAGCACCGAACCACCUGCACCGGCCAAUGGAACCGGCGAAUUCCCGCCCAUCAGAGAAUUUGAGAAUGACGAUGAUGAUGACGAUGAUAGCACAGACAGUGAAGCACCGUUGGGAUUUGAUGACAAUUUCGCUCCAGCAUCUCCACCUCGUCACGAGGAACAUUCCAAGAACGAAUCCAUUGACUCAACACAGUUACACGCGUUCCCAGUUCCCGGCAGCAGCGUGACCCCUUCGCAGCCUCCCCCUCCUGACGCUCAGCGCUCGCCACCAAGCUAUAAUACAUCUACCGCUGAUUUAAAACCUAAUGACUUCCCCCCAGCAUUCGAAGGUCUAUUACCUAGUCGGAGCGACCCUACUGCGGCCCCUGACGCGCCUCAUGCCGUCGAGUCAAGCACUGGCGCGCCUAUCGUUGCCGGAGAACCACAGAGAAAGGCGGGACCAGCUGACUUUGACGCUGCUUUUGCCGAUCUCAACCUAGCACCUGCGAAGGAGGAUGAAUCGGAGGACGAGUCCGAAGAUGAGCCAGAGACUCAAUCUCAUCGACCACAGAACGACUUUGAUUUCUCAUUUGACGCCCCUGCCGCCGCCCCGGUAGCCCAAUCCGCGAAACCAAACACAGCCGCAGCAGAUUUCUUUAACUUUGACAGCAAUGUCGCCACAUCAGCGACUUCGCCGGCAGGAAACGAUGCCGCAUCCGCCUCAGCUGCGGCCGAUCACGACUGGAACGCUCUCUUCGCACCUCUCGACACUGCCAAGUCUGCGUCACCACUUGACAGCAACGGCACCGCUGCCGCCGCUACUACCACUGGUGCAUCUGACCCAAAGAAACCAGGAUGGGCUCUCAACAAUGACACCGGCGAAGACGACCUGAUCCUGCAACGCUUAACAGGCAUGGGCUUCCCGCGCGACGAGUCGCUGGCUGCUCUGGAGAAAUUUGAUUAUAAUAUCGACAAGGUACGUCUUUCCACCCACCCGCUCCCAGAUUCGCAUAAAACAUAA